CAUGAUGCAACUGCCCACCUUGGACAGCUGCCACCUGGGGUUCUGGACUGCCGGCGUGGUAUAAGAUGCAGCACCACUCGCCCUCUCUUUUGCCAGUGCUGCUCGAUCCCUUUCGACACAAAGAGUGCGCUUGACAUCACACGCGGUCAUCCUUCACAGCGCCAGCGCCAUCCGCCAGCCUCGUGCCCAAACAACCUCUACUUGACUCUCGCCGCGGAACAAUCGACCCCGCCUCUUCACACCGCAACCCCCAAAACUCAAAGCCAACAUGCAGAACAUCCGAGCCAAGAUCAAGCGAAAGUUGUCCAUUCGCGAUAAAGACGCCAACCCCGAUGACUACGAGAACGCCUCCGAUGUCGAUGAGGAGACUACGGGCCACCUCCAUCGCGAGAUCGAAAAGGCCGAGGCCGACGGCCACGACAUGGGCAAGCCAGGCAGCUUUCUGAACAAGCUCAUCAUGCACGGAAACAAGAAGACCGAGGAGCAGCUCGCGCGCGAGGCCGCUUACGCCAACCAGGGUGGUCAGCAGCAGAUCGGACAGCAGGCCGUUGGAGCUUCGUCUGACGGUGUCGUGCGAUAGAUGAACUUUGAGAAGGAUACAGGAUAUGGCAAUGACAGUGCAAUGAAUGUAUGAUGGAAAGACAGGACAGGUUGGACAAUGAAGGUACACAGCAACCAAGAAUUGAGUCCGGUUUCAGAUCCCGCUCAGAGUUUCUUUUGAUAGCUGUCACUCAUCCUAAUUGCGAACAGCAGAAUGGAAACCAGGAAAUACGCUCACUGUGCAAUUUCUCUCUUACGAAAUCAAUUACGCAGCUGCGUCGCUUGUCGAGACAGAGCGCCUUAGCUAUGCUGCACAAGGCGAAGACACGAGCAUCGAAAUGGCACUCGACUUCCCCGGGC